AUGUCGCGUCCGGGGGUGAAGCACGUCGGCGCGCACCCGCCGAACGCGCUCGUCGCGGCGGCGGCGGCGCUGCUGGCGGCGGGGCUGCUGCUGCUCGCCGUGCUGCGCGCCGACCUCCUCCCCGCCGCGCGCCCCUCGCGCAUAGAGCCCCAGCGCCCGCGCCUCAAGGUGUUCCUCGCGGCGCUGCCCGCGGAAUUCAACUUCCGCCUGCUCAAGGGGGAGUGGAUGAGGGACCACCGCGUGCAGCUGCUGACUCAGCACGGCAUGCCGCCAGCGUGGGACCUCACCCGCCCUGCGGUCAACUCAGCUUCCUCCCCCGCCAACCCAUCCGACACCUUAGCUGACGUGGAGGCGCGGUAUUGGUCGAAGCGGCGGUCACACGCACUGGUGCCGGCAUUCCCAGCAGUGCCAUUUGCAGCGGAGCACAGUGCAGAGUACUGGCUCACACUCUCCCUGCUCUCCGGUACUCCCUCCUCCGUGCACCUCGUGUCGCACGCCCGCGACGCUGAUGUGGUGUUCCUGCCCGUCUUCUCCUCGCUGCUCGCCUUCUCAUUCAAUGCCACGCCCACCAACCCGGCUGCUCUGCUGCUUGCGCUGAAACCACCUGACGGGACACCUGAGGUCUCUGGAGCACCUAGCGCAGCAGCAGCAGGAGAGGGGUUAGCCCCAGUAUUCAUGAAGCCGCAUCUGAGCGAGGAAUUCAGUCAUCUGCUCGAUAGCCUCACCAAAUGGCUCCAUGUUCUGACUGCCAGCAGCAGCAAUAGUGGUGGUGGGAGGGCAGGGGUGCAGCCGCGAGUGGUGCUGCCAGUGAGCAUGCCACGUGCUCUGCCUGCCUUCCACGCCCUCCUUCCCUCCCUCUGCACUCUUACCACCGACUUCUCCUUCUCGCCCCUGCAGUGGAGGCAAGGGGUGGUGUUUGAGGCGGUGGAGCGGAGGGAUGAGAGCGAGGUGACCGUGGAGGACGUGCAGGCCAUGCAGCAUGCCAUGCGCCGCAGCCUCUUCUGCCUCGUGCCUGAAGGCAACACUGUAUCAUCAUCGCGUCUCUUCAACGCCAUGGUGAGCGGGUGCAUACCAGUGGUGGUGAGCGACAGCAUCUUGUUGCCCUUUGAAGACCUCAUCGACUACACACGCUUCGCCCUCUUCAUGCCCUCGCACCUCGCCACGCGCUCCGGCUACCUGGCGUCCGUGCUGCGAUUGGAGGAGAGCAAGUGGAGAGCCAUGUGGCAGGAGCUGCGGCAGGUGCAGCGGCAUUUCAUAUUCGGCAGUCCGGCAGCAGAGGGAGGGGCGGAGGACAUGGUAUGGCAGGCGCUGCUGCGCAAGCAGGCCCGGGAGGCCGCUGCCAGGGAGAGAGCCGCGUGGCAGGGGGGACACGUGGGUACCGAGGGAUCCGAGGGAGGGGGGAUCCAGGGCGGGGGGAACAAGGGCGGGGGGAACCAGGGAGGGCGGGAGGUGACAGGGGGAGGCGGGGCAGGGGGAGAUGGGGCGGGGGCGGGGGCAGGGGGAGGUGAGGUGGGGGGGAUGGAUGAGAGCAUGCUCCCGGAGUUCAUGGUGAGACGGCAUCGCAUGAUGACAGGCAUGCUCGCUGCUGUGGGGCUCAAUGGCAGUGCGUGGCGGGUGAGGGAGCGAGGGGACUUCAUUGCUAUGCAGAUGGCAGAGGAGAGAAGAGAUGCAGGCAGGAGUAGGCGUGAUUAG